UCUGCAACGGGUGGACCGGCAACUCGUGCUUACGUGCUUAACCCUUCGCGAACCUAUUACAACCCUUUAUUGACAUACCAAUCACGCGAUAUCUGAAUAAAAAGUUUUCCUGGUCUGUUUAAAAAAAUGUGACAAAAGACUGUUGUAUUUUUUCUGUGAGGUGGUGCGAACACAUUAAUGUGAGGAGUAUCGUCUCCUCGGCGACCAGAUGAUCAGUUUUAGUGUUAUCGGGAGCGAGAGAAGGCCACAAAAAUUGCUCCCCACGGCAGUCCAGCUCGCGCGUACAUCGCCUACCACAAGCUCGGGACAGGCAUGGAGGCCCAGACCGCCACGCCGCAAACCGAGUGCGAAUGUGGUGUGCACCCCUCAGUCUUCUAUCUACUGGCCACCUUGCUCCUCACCAGCUGCUCGACGGCGAUGCUAUGUGCGGCCAUCAUGACAGAGCAUUGGGAGCACGUGGUGUGGGAACAUGCAGCCCUGGCCGCGCUCGCCAAUGCGUCGAACACGGCACUGCAAUGGCUACUGGACGAGAAAGUCGCAAAGAUCGAAGACACAAGUAAUCGGAAAGGCGGGGGGACUUUUCUAGUGCCGAUGAAUGGUGGAAUUUGGACGAUGUGUGUGUCUCUAGAAGAGGAAGAGGUAUCAAUAUUGUCCAGGGCUGGGUUCCCCUCGCAGCCGGUUUGCACAAAUUAUUUAGCCAACAGCGACGAUGAAGAGCCCAGAGCCGAUUGGCAGCAUCGUAUGCAGAAUCUAUCCAUAUCAUGCGCUCUAGUCUGCCUGAUAGUGCUAGGCAGCGCCGCUCUGGUCGGCGCCUUCGGCAUCUGCAAGCAUCAGAUCAGCGCUGUACUUAUUACUGGCGUCAUGUAUUUGUUAGCUGGUCUAUUCGCAAUGUUCACCCUAAUGAUCAUUCACUUUAAACGCGUCCAACGCGUGUCCGCCCGCGGCAGUUCUCACGCGGACGGCACGGGCGACGGCGUCGUGGGACCGAGAGGGCCUGCACUCUCCCUCCUCUCGGCGCGAGAGUUCUCUACCGCCUGGUCUCUAGAACUCGGCUGGGGAGGAGUGGCUUUAGCAACUACGACGUCGCUACUGUGGAUACUGCUGUCCAAGAUUAUGAGGUACAACCCUAUAUCUGCCAUGCUGUUGUAAAGUUGUUGGGUAUAGUACCUACACAGGUGUAAGAUACAGCCUUUUCACACUGGAGG